AUGAAUCUCACUACUCGCGCCAAUUCCGAAUCGCAGUCACCGAGAGUUGACUCGACAACGUCGACCCCCAAAAGCCAGAAGGGCAAUUCCCCUCGCGCCGCUGGCACCAAUCGCAAGAAAUCCGACUUGUCAGAUACGAAGGCGAAGAGGGUUCGAACAGGGUGUCUCACUUGCCGGAAGAGACACCUCAAAUGCGAUGAGGCCUUGGGUCGGUGUUUGAAUUGUCGAAAAUCGGAUAGGAUAUGUACUCGUGGUGUCCGCCUGAACUUUAUCGAUAUUCAGACGGUCGCUCCGCCACAUAUCAUUGAUCGACCCAAAGGUGCUAAAGUGACGUUCAGAGACGACUCGCGUUUCAUCGCAUCCGAGUAUGUCGGCGGCUUUGAAAGAUAUCCUCCUCCUCAGCCGGAGAGUCCCGUUCAGGAUCGCCAGCUUUUGCACCACGAUGCACUCAAUGCUUUGGGCACGGACUAUCUAACAAGUCUGUUCCAAUCCGUAGCCCAUUCGUUCGACCCGACCGGAUUUGAUGUCCCGCACGACUUUAUAGUUGGCCCCGAUACGUGGCACGAGCCCCAUAUCGUGCCUGGUGAUGAGCUGCUUCCGCAUGGGACAUCCAAUUUUGCGCGAAAGCUCGCCAUGAAGCAGUAUAGUUCUUCGUCGCUGAGCGACCCCGAACAGAUAUUCCUCCUGCAAACAUUUGUUGAAGAGGUCGCUCCUUGGAUGGAGUCUAUGGAUUCAAUGCGACACUUUUCGCAGACUUUACCAUACUAUACUGUUGAUGAGCCAAUGCUACUAAAAGCUUUCUUGGCUUGUGGUGCUCGGCAUCUUUCAGUCGUCAAUCCCUCCUACGGGGAUGAAAAGGGAACUCGCUAUUAUGAGAUGGCGACACAAGACCUCGUGAGCUUGAUACAAGAUCCUAAUCGCGAUUCGGUUUUAUGUGCAGCGGCUGCACUGGUUCUGAGUAUAUAUGAGUUGAUUCCCUCGCAAUCGGCACCCAAGAUCGACCAUACGACAGGAUCAAGAGCUCUGAUCCGUGAAUGCGGUUGGAACGCGAAGACACCCGGACUGGGGGGUGCCUGCUUCUGGAUUAAUACUAGCAUGGAGCUGCUAAGCUACAAUAUGCAUCAUUUUCCCAAAUCAGAGGAGCUCUGGCUUCACCGAAUCCUUUAUAUCUGUGGCAAAAUUUCGAAUUUCCGAUUACAGAGCCAGAACCAGCAAUCCCCUAGCGGGACAGAUGCUCAUAUGGGCCAAUUGAGCCAGAAGUUGCAAGACUGGGGACACUACAAUAGUUGGUGUGAUCAGUGGGCUAAAAAUGCCCCGCCGUCGAUGCAACCUCUUGGCCACGUCCAGCCAUGGCCUAGUAACACGCAGUCGGUAUUUCCGACCAUCUGGAUGACCAAGCGACCCGCUAUCAUUGCGCAGUAUUUCUACUAUACAGCUCGCAUUCUUUUGGCAAGAACCCAUCCAAUGGAGCCGGAUUUCCGUGCGGAGAUGAAGGAAAUGCAACGGGCUCAUGCGUAUGAUAUCUGCGGCCUUGCUGUCGGCCUCAAGGAUCGUGGUCUGGCCAACAUAUCAAUCCGCUGUCUUGCAAUCGCAGCAGAAAGCCUCGAGUCUCAGGAAGCCCAAGAGGAGGCGCUUCGCAUCUUGAAUACAACAGCCAAAGACACUGUUUGGUCGACACAAUCUAUUGGGAACGACCUACGGCAGCACUGGGGCUGGCCCCCUCCGCCCCACGAAACAGUGGAUCCUAUGCAGAUGCAUAACAGUCCAUAUCACGAGCUAGAUCAGAAAAUAUCCAACGGCCCUGAGAUUUCCUCGCAUCUCUCAAAUCCGCUACUGGGCGUGAGUGAUUUCUCGGCAGAGAAGCAUCCUUACCAAGGAUUCUAUAUACCUCCCCACCAUGCCCUUGACCAAUACCACCAGUAUGGGUCUUAUAUACUUUGA